GCACCAAAAAGACGCUUCUCAAACCGCCUUUGAGAUGGGAUGGAAAACGCCAGGAAGAAGGUGCAGCAGGUGCUUGCUAGAACAGAUACAAGCUCUUUUGAUGCGGACGACUGGAGGAAGGUCUUGGAUUGUUGCGGAGGAUGCCCUCCCGAACUUAUCACAGUAUUGCAAGACCUCCAGGCUCAGGAAUGCCUUGAUGCCAAGAGCUUUCUUGACGCUAUCUUUCCCAAGGGAAAAAGCGGAGAAGCUACGGAAGCCUGUGCAUUGCGAGUCAUCCAAGUCACUGAUGUCUACAUCUUAGACAACUUUCCAAGCUUGAGGACGCUGAUUCAAGAGAAGGAAGCAGACAUCAAAGCGCAGUUUGGAGGUGGAUCUUGUUGUAUCUCAAUGCUGACCGGAGACUUCUUGGCGCCAUACCUGCUGUCCUCCAUCGACAGAGGGGUGGGCAUGAUCCGUAUGCUAAAUGAGACUCCAAUCCAAUACGUCACCUGGGGAAACCAUGAAGCUGACCUUUCUCACGAAGACGUGAUGUGUCGAGUGGAGGAGUACCAGGGCGUCUGGAUCAACAGCAACAUGCAAUCCCAUGAGUCUUUCAGAAAGUGUGUGGGUCGACAAAAAGCAGUGGAAGUCAUUGAACUUCCUCACAAGCGCGUUGGGUUGAUUGGUGUCCUGAGCAACGAGACGAAUUUAUACAAACCUGGCGCCUUUGGGGGUGCAACCAUUGAUGAUCCUUGGGAGACGCUGGCGUUUUACAAGAAGUUCUUGGAGAAGGAGAAAGGUUGCGAUUUGGUCUUGCCUUUGUGCCAUCUCUACGAAAACCAAGAUGAGAUCACCUGUCGAAACUUUGAUUUUCCAGUGAUCUUGUCUGGCCACGACCAUCAUAUUGUGGACCGUGUGGUGGAUGGAACUCGCAUCCUUAAACCCGGAUCUGAUGCUCAUCAUGCAGUCAUGCUUGACAUCAUUUGGGAUACCCACGACAGCGCUCCCCGAAUAGAAGUAGAGCUGUUGAAAGUGGCUGACUUCGUGGCGGACGCCACUUUGGCGAAGACUGUCAAGGAGGUCUAUUCGACCUUAGACCAUCUACGCUACACCCAUGUCGUCAAGGUGCCUGCAUCUUUCCAGCCUUUGAGCUCCAUGAAUUCCAGAGGUUGCUGCACAUCUGCAGCCCGUUUUAUUUGCAGUGAGAUCCGGUGUGCUCUGAACCUGGAGUGCCUCGAGGGUGUUUCUUCUCACUGCGACUGCGUUCUCAUCAAUGGCGGCAAUUUCCGCGGUGAGCGGCAAUAUGAGACGAGCCACUUGUCUCUUGAGGAUUUGAUGUCGGAGAUCGAUGAGUCCGUGGAGAUCGUGGUCGCCGAGCUGCCUGGAUCGUUGUUGAAAGGCGCUCUUCGCGAGACGUGGCGCGGCGUCAGUGGCGCCUGGAUGCAACACGAUGACCUCGUGGAGGUGAAUUCCAGUGGCGAGAUCAUUUUCAUUGCUGGAGCCCCGUUGAAUCUCCAUCAGAUUUAUCGGGUUGGCUCGACGAGGCGCUUUGGGAUUCAGCUGAUCCCAAGCGUGGCCAGCUUUUGGCAAGAGAACCCACACCUACGACCAAACCCUGAAUCUGCAGUUCCAGUGCAUUCAUUGCUGUUGCACUUUUGGGCGGAGAAGGUUUGGGUGAGGAUUUGGGCCUUCAUGGACCAAGACCGGAAUGGCUCCAUUGAUUCCGAAGAAAUGAAGUUACUCGACCGGUCAGGAGAUGGUGAAUUGGACCGCCACGACAUCAUGUGUGCUGUGAAAACUGUGGCUGACAUGGAGACCUUUGACGGUGAGUACACCCUGACUGACUUGGUCAUGAAGGUUGCUGGGCAAUGUGGCCAAGGAUGCCAGGGCUUGACUUUGAAAGAGAUCAACCAUCGACGUCACUUGCGCCGUAAGCAAUUACGCACUGCCAGGACCCGGGAAGCCCGCUUUCCAUCGGAGCUUUUGCCGGAUGCCCACGUGCAAGGUCAAAAUGCGAACCCCCGACACUCGAUGUGACAGAAGGUGUGCGAUACUGGAAACCAGGAACCGUGCACUGUUUUCAUGUUCUUGUGAGAUUCUACGAGAGUGGAAUUCUUUUUGCUGUUGGCUGUUCAGAACCAUGCCAUGCACAAAGCUGCUUGGUGGCUGAUCCAAAAUACUUGGAUAGCCGGUGAUGGAGCAAUGCUGAGAUGCUUCAAUGGAUCAGCGGGCAGUAGCUGCGGAACUCACAUGCUUUCCAAUUAGUGCAAGUUGUAGAGGCAUGGAAAGCCACCGUUGUAUGAACAUUUGGCUCAACACAAAGUCUG